AUGGGAACUUCGUCCACCGACCUAACCGUUGUUUCACCGGAUGCCGUUGUGUUAAGCUAUAGAAAUUCUGAUGAUAUUAUUGCGACACCUUGCGAAUUAGAUCAGCAACACCAGCAGCAGUUGCAACUGCAGUUGGAGCAGCAACUUCAUGGCAAUGUUGUAAUGGGUUGUGUGCAAAGCCUGAAGGCAAGUGAGGAUGCGUUUCCCGAAGCAUUUUCUCCCUCUGAAAGCAUUACAGGUAAUGUUGUUAUAGCAGAUACCUCACGCCACAAAUACUCAGAGUCUGAGAGGGAGUCCAAAAGUAGAAAAUGCGACUCUUCUGUGCCAUCGAUUGACUGGGAUGAUGUUAAUGACGCAACGAUGAGGCGGGUGCUUAGCGUCAUGAGUUUGAGUCAUGCUGACACUGGUGAGUCUUUUCGUUCCAUUAGUUUUGUUGACGCGGUUCGUGCGUUAAAGCAUGACAGAUCCUCAUGGGAACCAUAUGCGAUACCACUGCGUGCACGGGGGAGGGGGCGAUGUCUUCGGUUGCGUGGUUUCCUGAGAAAAGUGUUCUUUUGUUGUAACAGCUCCUCAUCACUCGACAGUCAAACCAACGCGGAUGCUCCCAUAGAUCCCAAAAAUCCGAAACAGGUUCUCCAGCAGGAUGUGGAUUUUUGCUCAACACUUCCUUCUAUGCCAUUUGACCACAGUAAUCCCAUUCACCGACGGCUGCUCAUAACACUUCGCAAUGUAUUGAUUCGUGACGCCGAGGAGCACAAUGGCAAUGUCUGGAAUGAGUGGGAGAAGCUUGGGUUUCAAGGGAGUGAUCCGGCAACUGACCUUCGCUCUACGGGGUUGUUUGGUUUGUUGCAGUUAGUGUUUCUUCUUGAGUACUAUAGAGCAUUCGGUUUUCGCUUGUGGGACACGUGUAUAAAAAAGGGGGAGGAUGGUGACAACGUUUUUGAGGAGCUUCCGUUUGUUUUAAUCGGAUUUAAUUUUACCGGUGUGGUACUUGAUCAGCUGAAGGAUACACGAACUCAUGCAGAGAUGAUGCGGCGAGCGCGAAGUUCUGGUGGUGAAGGUAGAGGGGGUAAGCAAAACAUAUCCCCUCUACCGUUGCAUCCGCAGUGUGAGGAAACCCUGCGGCGUGAAUUUCCUUUUUUAAUUACGUGCUGUGAAUAUUAUGUUGGUUGCUUAUUUCAGUUCCUGGAGCUAUGGCUGGAGCUGAAGAAGCAGCGGGGAGGGCGGGCUCCAAUGAUAGGUGAUUUUAAUGUCGUUAAGGUGAAGCUGUGCGCAAGUAUCAAGCGAAAAGGGGCUCCACAAAUAUUUAGUGCGUGCAGCAGUGCCCGGCAUCCAGUUCCUUCCCCAGAAGGGGAUCAUGAUGAUAAUAAUGAAGAGUGA